AUGAAGCAGGAGGAGUGGCAAGAGGUCCCCAUGCUGUCUGUGGCUGGGAAGAGCUGGCACAGCAUCAGGGGACAAGAGGCUGAUGAUCCCCGCUGCUGCUCUGCCCAGCACCCUAGAGAGGUGGUGAUGGAGGGGUUUGAGGGAGCCCCCAGAUUCCUCGCUUACCCACGUGCCUUCACGGUGCAAAGUGGCAACGACGCAGUCCUGAGCUGCCAGAUCACAGGAGACCCCCGGCCGAGUAUCCUCUGGGAGAAGGACAAGACCCCGAUCGAGCCCUCAGGCCGCUUCCACGUGGAGGCCAAGGGGGAUCUGUACAGCCUUCUGGUAUCCUGUGCCACUCCCCAGGACAGCGGGAUCUACAUCUGCAAGGCCAAGAACAGUGUUGGUGAGACAUAUGCUGCUGCCACGCUGAAGGUGGAGGCAGGAGAGCACAGAGAGGAGGAUAGAUGCUCAGGCAGUGAGGCACCUGCCUUCCUUGUUGCCCCCUUGUCCAGGCGGGUGUGCCGGGGGGAGGAUGUGGUGUUUACCUGCAGGGUGUCUGGGCAGCCCUGCCCGGUGCUGGAGUGGGAGAAGGAUGGGCACAAGCUCUCCGACCUCUUUGAAAGCAGCCACUUCGCAGUGGGUCAGGAGCAGGAGGACUGGCACUUCCUGAAGCUGUUCAGUGCCCGGCCCCCAGACGGAGGGGUGUACGUGUGCCGGGCACGCAGUGGCUCCCAGGAGACUCUGGCCGCUGCCGUGCUCCUGGUUGAACCCCAGGCACCGCAGGGCAGGCUCUUCAGCAGCUCUCCUGCCGAUGGCCCUGAGCUGCUGGUGGAGCGGCAACAGCGGCGGCAGCGGCACGCAGCGGGACGGCACAUGAGACCAGAGACCUGGGUGCCCAACGGCACGGUGCCGGGCAGGGCACCGGCAGCCAAGGCAUUCACCGUGAGCGCGGGGAAGCACGCCAAGUUCCGCUGCUAUGUCACUGGCAAGCCAAAGCCAGAGAUCAUCUGGCAGAAGGAUGGCGAGCCCCUCGCCUCAAGCCGCAGGCACCUCAUCUAUGAAGACCGGGAGGGCUACUUCAUCCUCAAGGUGCUGUACUGCAAACCCCAGGACCAGGGGCUGUAUGUCUGCACCGCAUCCAACACCGCCGGCCAGACCCUCAGCGCUGUGCAGCUCCAGGUGAAAGAGCACCGGCUGCGGUUCCAGGUGCAGCUGGCGGAUGUGGAGGUGGCGGAGCGGGAGGACGCUGUUCUGGAGUGCCAGGUGCCGCUGGAGACCAUCCCCACUGCCUGGUAUUUGGAGGACAGGGAGUUGCAGCCCAGCCACAAGUAUGUGAUGGAGGAGCGAGGUGUGGUGCGCCGCCUGACCAUCCGUGAUGCCCGCACUGACGACGACGGCAUCUACCUCUGCCAAAUGAAGGACAAGGGACGCAGCAUCGCUGAGGUCUCUGUCCGAGGGGUGAUCGUGAAGCGGCUGCCCCGGAAGCUGGACGUGAUGGAAGGAGAGAAUGCAGUUUUCUGCGUGGAGACACGGGAGGCAGUGGAGGGGAUAUGCUGGAGCCGGGACGGGCUGAAGCUGCGGGAGUCCUCCCACACCGUACUGAAGAGCUUUGGCAGGACACAUCUCCUGGUGCUGGUGCAUGUCACGCGCCAGGAUGCUGGCAUCAUCUCCUUCACUGUUGGGGAGUCGCAGACGUCCUCCCAGCUCCGGGUCAAGUGUGUGAAGCAUGACCCCCCGAGCACGCCGGUGGCAGCCGAGAUGAGCGUGGCAGAGAGCAACGUGGCUGUGCUGAGCUGGUGCCCUGCACCCGACGCCCACCUCCGUGCCCCCAGCCGCUACCUGCUGGAGCGUCGGGAGGCGGCGGGGGGCGAGUGGGUGCAGUGCCUGGCCACUGACCUGCCGGGCCGCGUGCGGGUGCUGGGUGACAGUGUGCCCUGCGAGGCUGACUACUGCUUCCGCGUCUGCGCCACCAACAGGCAUGGCAGGAGCAGCCCUGUGGAGUUCCCUGGCUCCGUGCAUCUUGUCCCAGCAGCUCGCCUGGAGAAGGGCUUGCAGGAUGUGCGGGUGCGGGACGGCGAGGAUGCACGGUUCUCCCUGGAGCUGUCGGCUGUGGUGCGCGGCACCUGGUUCCUGGAUGGUGUCAGACUGGGUGAGGAAGAGGAGGAGGAGGAGGCAGGCAGGCGGUGCAGUGUGCUGCGUCGCAGGACGGAGCACUCACUGAUGAUCCGGGGAGCACGGCUGGCUGACAGUGGGGCACAGGUCACCUUCGUGUCUGGUGACGUGCGGGACUCAGCCACACUACAUGUGCAAGCCCCGCGGGCCUGCAUUGCCCCGGUGCCGGAGGCUGAGCAUCUCCAGGAGGUGCUGGCAGGGCUACCCGUGCUGCUGGAGUGCCAGGUGUCUCCCCCGGGUGCCCCCGUCCGCUGGCUGAAGGAUGGCGAGGCCGUGCCCCUGGACGACGUUAUUGCAGUGCAGGAGGAGGGCUGUGUGCGGCGGCUGCUCCUCCGCUCGGCCGCUCCCUCGGACUCCGGCGUGUACACCUGUGACGCUGGGGAUGAGGCCAUGAGCUUCGUGGUGACCGUGACCGAGGCCCCAGUGAGGAUCCUCAGCUCCAACGAGGAGGCCCCCCACGCCUACAUGGCCGGGCAGCGCGUGGAGCUGUGGUGCCAGCUGUCGCGCACGGCAGCCCCCGUGCGCUGGUACAAGGACGGGGAGGAGGUGGAGGUGGGCGAGAGCCUGGUGCUGGAGCAGGAGGGGCCGCGAUGCCGGCUGGUGCUGCCUUGUGCUCGGCCUCAGGACGCGGGGGAGUUCGUCUGCGAUGCCGGCGGGGACUCUGUCUUCUACACCGUCACUGUGGAAGAGGCCCCAGUGAGGAUCCUCAGCUCCAACGAGGAGGCCCCCCACGCCUACAUGGCCGGGCAGCGUGUGGAGCUGUGGUGCCAGCUGUCACGCAUGGCAGCCCCCGUGCGCUGGUACAAGGACGGGGAGGAGGUGGAGGUGGGCGAGAGCCUGGUGCUGGAGCAGGAGGGGCCACGAUGCCGGCUGGUGCUGCCUUGUGCUCGGCCUCAGGAUGCGGGGGAGUUCGUCUGCGAUGCCGGCGGGGACUCUGUCUUCUACACCGUCACUGUGGAAGCUCCACCAGUCCACAUUGCCCCAGUGCCUGAGGCACAGCAGGUCUGUGAGGUGCUGGCAGGGCUGCCCAUGCUGCUGGAGUGCCAGGUGUCCCCCCCGGGUGCCCCUGUCCGCUGGCUGAAGGAUGGCGAGGCUGUGGUCCCGACUGAGGUCCUGGCCAUCUGCUCUGAGGGGUGCUCGCAGAGGCUGCGCAUCACUGCAGCCACACCAGCUGACUCGGGGGCGUACACCUGCGAUGCCGGAGAUGAUGCCAUCAGCUUCGUGGUGACUGUGACCGAGGCCUCGGUGAGGAUCCUCAGCUCCAACAAGGAGGCCCCCCACACCUACAUGGCUGGGCAGCGUGUGGAGCUGUGGUGCCAGCUGUCCCACACGGCAGCCCCUGUGCGCUGGUACAAGGACGGGGAGGAGGUGGAGGUGGGCGAGAGCCUGGUGCUGGAGCAGGAGGGUCCACGGUGCCGACUGGUGCUGCCCUGCGCCCAGCCUCAGGAUGCGGGGGAGUUCAUCUGCAAUGCUGGGGAUGCGUCUGUCUCCUACCACAUCUCAGUGUCAGAGCCGCCAGUGAGGAUCCUGCAGCCUGUGCAGCGCUCACUGGAGCUGCGGGUGCAGGCGCCGGGGAGCUUGGAGCUGCGGUGUGAGCUCUCUGUGCAGGAUGCUCCCGUGCACUGGUUCAAGGAUGGGCUGGAGGUGGAUGAGACCAAUAACUUACUGCUGCUGGCGGAGGGGGCUUGGCGCUGCCUCCUCAUCCCCAGCAGCAGUGCGGAGGACACAGGCGAGUACAUCUGUGAGAGCAAGGAUGAGGCCGUCUCCUUCGACGUCAAGGUGUCAGAGCCACCAGUGAGGAUCCUGCAGCCCCACAGACCUGUCCCUGUCGUGACGGUGUCCCCGGGUGAGACAGUGACACUGGAGUGUGAGCUGUCCCGUGCAGAUGCACCCGUGCACUGGGCCAAGGAGGGCGUCAGGCUGGAGGCUGGGGGAAGUCUGGUCCUGGAGGAGGAGGGCGCCCACCGCCGCCUGCUCAUCCCCGCGGCACGAGCCGAGCACGCAGGGAAAUACGUCUGCGAUGCUGCCAAUGACACAGUGACCUUCACCGUUCAUGUGUCAGACCCUCUGGUCAGGAUCCUGGAGAGGGACGUCCUGCCGACUCAUCGGCGCUGCCGGGCCAUGGAGGACCUGGUGCUGGAGGUGCACCUCUCACAUGCUCUGGGGGAGGCAAAGUGGUACAAGGAUGGGGAGAAGCUGCAGGACACAGGGCACGUGCGACUGGAGGAGGACGGGGCACGGCGCUCCCUCAUCAUCCUGGGUGCCACAGACAGGGAUGCAGGGGAGUAUCUCUGUGACACUGGCAAUGACAGCAUCGUCUUCUUCAUCACUGUGGAGGUCCCCAGGGUGGUGGAGAUCAUCACGGAGCUACAGAGCCUGACGGUGCUGGAGGGAGAGGAUGCCACCUUCAAGUGCCUGGUGUCCCCUGAGGACGUGGCUGUGACCUGGCAGCUGAACGGCCAGCCUGUGGUCCCUGAUGAGCAGCUGCUGGUGACAAGGAGCGGGCUGUGCCACAGCCUCACUCUGCGGCAGUGCCAGCCAGGCGAUGCGGGCACCGUGACAGCCAACGCUGAGGGGCUGGUGAGCACAGCCCGGCUGAGUGUGCAAGAGGCGCAGGUGCUGUUCGUGCGGAGGCUGCGGGACGUGGUGGCGGAGGAGCAGGGGGACGUGUGCCUGGAGGUGGAGGUGAGCCACGAGGCCGCGGAGGUGCAGUGGCUGAAGCAGGGCAUCCUCCUCCAGCCGAGCAGCAAGUACCAGCUGCAGGAGUCAGGGUGCCGGCGCACCCUCACCAUCCACUGCCUCGGCCCUGCUGACCGUGGCACCUACCGCUGUGAGAGCCUGCAUGACCGCACGCAGGCCAAGCUCUGCGUGGAGCCACAGAAGGUGUCUAUCCGUAUGCCGCUGGCAGAUGUGGAGACCUUUGAGAAGGAGACGGCCACCUUCCAUCUGGAACUGUCUCACCCUGGUGUGCCCGGGGUCUGGACAAGGGACGGCAUCCGAGUGAAGCCAAGUGGCACGUGCCGGAUCAGUUCCGCAGGCUGCGGGCACAGUCUGACGCUGGAGGGGCUGGCGCUGGAGGACUCAGGCACCGUCACCUUCACCACUGACACCCUGCGCUGCAGCGCCCGCCUGCUCGUGCGGGAGCCUCCAGUCACUAUGGUGAGGGUCCCACGGGACCUGGGAGUCCUGGAAACGGGAGUUGCCAGCUUUGAGUGCGAACUGUCUCGCCCGAGCGCAGAAGUGAAGUGGUUCAAGGAUGGACAGGAGCUGCGGCCGGGGCCCAGCUGUCGCAUCUACUCUGUGGGCCGGCGCCGCGUCCUGCAGCUGAGCCACUGCGAGCUGGCCGAUGCCGGCACCUACACCUGUGAUGCGGGGGACUGUCAGGCCUCUGCCACACUGCACGUCCAGGAGCGCCAGGUCCGCAUGGUGCAGGACCUGCAGGAUGCCCAGGUGCGGGAGGGGGACAACGCCAUCUUCACCUGCGAGGCGUCGCACGGGGACUUGAAGGGCGAGUGGUUCCGCGAGGGGGAGAAAAUCAAGGUCUCCAGCACGGUUAAGAUUCGUCAAGAAGGGACCCGGCAUUUCCUGCUGCUGUGUGGCGUGUGCCCCGAGGAUGCGGGACUCAUCCGCUUCAUGGCUGGGAAGGCCGUCUCAGAGGCCAGCCUGCGGGUGGAAGCUCUACCCAUCCGGAUCGUGAAACCGCUGCGGGACAAGACGGUGCUGGCGCGGCACAAGGCGACGCUGGAGUGCACCGUGUCCCAUGCCCGGGGCCGCGUGCGCUGGCUCCGCGGGGACACCGAGAUCUUCGCUGGUGACAAGUACGAGAUCUGCAAUCUGGACUGCUACCGCACGCUCAUCAUCCACCGCGUGGGCCCCGAGGACGAGGACUCCUACACCUGCGAUGCCUUCGAUGACCGCUCCACGGCCCGGCUCCUCGUGGAGGGGAGCUAGAAGCCAGGAUGCGGCGCUGGCACUUGGUGUCCGCACACAGACAGGUGGAUGCUGCUGCUGGGAGAUGGGGUCAUGUGUCCCCCCAGGAUGUGCAGAUGCACAGACCAUCCCCAUCCUGCAUCGGCCUCAAGGCUCUACAUUAAACAGGACUUCUUCCUGACAUGGCUUCUUCCACCCCAGUGAGCUGGAGUCCAGAUUGGAGAACGGGUAGUGGCACCACUCUGCAUGUCCCCCAGCACCCCCAGGGACCCAGCCCUUGAGGCGUCCCCUCACCCCUGUCCCCAGCACAUCCCCCAGCCCCACACACUGGACUCUGAAAGGCUCUUUACUGUGUGGCCGUGGCCUCAGCAGUGUUUGGCACAUUUACAAAAGAGACUGAA